AUGCUUGCUCACUCCUCGGACAUGGCUGGGCACCCGUUCACCUCCCUCCCUCCCGACUACAUUUCCACUGUGACAAGCCAGGGGUACAUCGUUUCACUCAAGCCAAUCAGCCUGAUCAAGAGCGAGGAAAAGAAACCUGCCAUCUCGUACAUGUUCGCCGAGCACGGCGGCGAGCGCUUCUUCCCCUGCCUCGUCUACGAGGGCACCCAUCCUCCCCCCGCCGAUCUCGGCAUCCUCGGCGACAUCUACGUCGACGUCGUGAGCGUGCUCGUAUGGGGAAAAGUCAAGGCCCCCGAGCCCGACGGCACCCCCAAGAACGAAAAGUGGAUCACCUGGCCCGGCCCCAUGGCGCACGCGCAGGACAUCGACAUCAGCGAGGAGGCACAGGCCCAGUUCUCCGCACACAGCCUCAUCAACCACCCGCUGCUCCCGCUCUCGUCGCGGCGCUGCCUCUGGGUCUGCGUCCAGUACGGCGUGGCGUGGCUCCCGCCCUGGCGCAUCCACCAGCUCCGAACGAAGGCGCUCAAGGACCGGCCUCACUGGGAGCUCGCGCGCAACGGGCGCUGGCUCGUCGAAGAGUAUAUCAAGAGCAGAAAUCAUCUGUUUCCGGAUCACGAUCCGUUGAUCGGUGGCCACCGCGACGUCGCUGGCGAAGGGAAUGCUCAGCCGUUGUGCACUGCCACCGAGCGCUCUGAUUCAGCUCAGAAAAAGGCUCGCCCGAACGAAGGUCGACCUGACGCCCCGCCCAACAAUGCCAGAACUUUUCCAUCGGCACGCACACUCACAGCGGCCAUUGCAGCGGCGGGGCGGCUGCAGGUGCUUACAGGAACGACCAGCAUUCCGAAUCCACCGGUUCGCGAAGGGCGCGGAGAGCUCUCGUAUCAGCGGCCGCGGCGAGCGCUCCUGCCAGACACCAAUAUGAAGGACACGCACAGGAACAUCGCCAGAAAAGAUGAGCUGCGAGUCGAGAGACAGAGCGGGCCGCGGACAAUUCAACAGGAUCAGACGCAGCCAGGACAGCAGGUCAUUCUAAACGACAAUCACUACGGGGAGCUUAUGUUGCUUUAAACACACCGCAGUGGCACUGGACAUACUGAAACGCCUCCCCGUGGUAUCCGCACAUUAUCUUGCCAACCCUGUUCAUAAACGGGUGGCAUAUCUUGUCGUGGUACUUGGGUGCUGCAUUGACGUUCAACUUGCGCCACAACAAUCGGUUUUCCGACGUAUCUUCGUUCGAGGGCAGAAUCGCGUUUGAGUAGACAAUCUUCGACGCACAUAUCGCACACUAUGUUACUACGCCAACAGUCGCAGGACGGGGCCCGAAAAGGAUAUCAUUGAUAACAGGUAAAGCAAUGUCCGAAGGAUUCUAGGCGGCUUAGCCGGGAAAUCCAUAAGUCUACUCGACGGAA